GUGAGCCCAGCGGCGACAACGGCAACAUGGCCCUGAACGGCGCUGGUGAGGACUUGGGUUACGGGGGCCUGUGGCUGCGGGGCGCGGGAGCCUGCUCGCUCCGGCAAGAUCCCGGUCCCUUGUGCCUGUCUUCCCCAGAAGUCGACGAUUUCUCCUGGGAGCCCCCGACUGAGGCGGAGACGAAGGUGCUGCAGGCGCGACGGGAGCGACAGGAUCGCAUCUCCCGGCUCAUGGGCGACUACCUGCUGCGCGGUUACCGCAUGCUGGGCGAGACGUGCGCGGACUGUGGGACGAUCCUUCUCCAAGACAAACAGCGGAAAAUCUACUGCGUAGCUUGUCAGGAGCUCGACUCAGACGUGGAUAAAGAUAAUCCGGCUCUGAAUGCCCAGGCUGCCCUCUCCCAAGCUCGGGAACACCAGCUAUCCUCUGCCACAGAGCUGCCCUCUGGCCCUAGGCCCACACCUCAGCCCCCAGUACCACGACCGGAGCAUUGUGAGGGAGCUGCAGCAGGGCUCAAGGCAGCCCAGGGGCCACCUACUCCUGCUACGGCUCCAAGUGCAGAUGUGGUGACUUGCACACAGGCAGCCCUCCUGCAGAAGCUCACCUGGGCCUCAACUGAGCUGGGCUCUAGCACUUCCCUGGAGACUAGCAUUCAGCUGUGUGGCCUUAUCAGGGCAUGUGCUGAGGCCCUGCGCAGCCUGAAGCAGCUGCAGCACUAAGACCCAGCCCAGCCCACCCCACCCCCGAAAAACCCUCUAGAAAAGUCGCUGUUCCUGUGUGGUUUGUUCUUUUCUUGGUUCUAAGUGUGCAUGUCAGCUCCAGCUCCACUCCACUUUUUCCUACUUUUGGCCUCUCACCUUCCUACCCUAUACUCUCCCUGAAGCCCUGAAAGUUGAGUUUAUAUCUGCAGUCAGGAUGAGUGGUAGGUACAGGGCAGUGUGAUAUCCCCUUUCUGAGGAGGACAUAGCCUUCUCAAAGUCAGGAGCAAGGGGGCUGGACCACCAGCCUUGUCUGUAGCUGCACCCUCCUCCCCCAGCCAGCUAAGCCAUUCAUUGAUGACUGUGAGAUUUGGGAUUCUGUUCCCAGGGUAACUUCUCUCUCUCUUAAGCAUCCUGGUUCUAUCAUGCUGCCUCACCUCAUGCCCACUCCAGUACUCAGACACUGACAGAAAUUGUAGGAACCCCAACUUUGCACGCUAAGAGCCACGCAUGGUUUUGCCCCAAUAUUCUGAUCCCCAUUUUUAGUACCUUUUCCUAGGGAGGGUAAUUGUGAAGGACACCUUGUGGAGAGGGGCAGUAAAAAAGAACCUCCAACGACA